AUGGACGAUGCCAGCUUGCUUGCUCUUUUGGAUGUUUGCGAUCGUUUUGCCAGAGCCACAGGUGCAAAGCUUAACUUGGACAAGACGGAGGGCCUACUUUUUGGUUCUUGGUCAACGCGCUUAAACUUACCUGUCAACUUAAAAUGGAAGUCUGACCACCUGACCGUGCUGGGAUGUCGUGUUGGGAAUUCUGUUUUACCAGAUUGGGACACCCUCAUUCAAAAACUGAACUCGAAACUCAAAUCUUGGUCUUCGCGAUCUCUAUCUCUGCAGGGCAGAACCCUGCUGGCAAACACACUAGGCCUGAGUAUCUUUUGGUACCAGGCCACGAUUUUUGACAUGCCUAAGACAGUCGUGCAUGCCGUAAAUAAACUUUUAUUUCCCUUCUUAUGGAAGAAAAAUAAAGAACCUAUUGCGCGCAGCUCUGCCGUUGCUCCUCGUCUUCAGGGGGGUCUGGGUGUCGUGCACGUUGGCACGAAACUUUUAUCCUUACGUACAAUUUGGUUACGUCGCCUACUGCUGACUCGAAACACUGUCCCUUGGCCGGUCUUGUUUACACACCAUAUUGGUCAAGUUUUUAAACAAGACUUAAACACCUUUUUUGCCCGGGUGACCACACCAGCAUAUCUAAUAAAACGACUGCCGAAGUUCUAUCAGUCUGUGGUCCAUACAUGGCUACAACUGAAAGGACGACAUGAGAAUGAUUCGUGGUUGGUUGGACAUGCUGACACCGCCCCUAUUCCGCUGGCGGAAUUAACAGCCAAACGUACCUACUCGGUCCUCUUAAAAAACGUGCUGGCUCCUCACAAAGCCAUCGGAAAAUUCGCUGCGCAACAAAUCGUUGUCCACUGGCCAUCUGUGUGGCGUUCUUUAUCACUAUGGCGAUUUGUACGAUCGUGUGCAGAUACGAACUAUUAUAACUUUCAUGGCCGCUUGGCCACCGCGGAUCGUUUGAUUCGUUUCGGCAUGAGAGUUGAUGCGAACUGUUUCUGUGGAGAGCAGGAAACUGCAAUCCACCUUUUUUCCUCCUGUCCCGUCGCUAAGACCGUUUGGGACUGGAUGACCCCUCUACUGGUGUCUUUGGCCGUACCAACGCCCCUUUCAAUCUCCACCAUUCUCUUUGGAUUCCCGGUCGCGAAGAAGAUCCCUGCGGCCGUGAAUGCCAUUUUGGGCAUCCUUCGUCAUCAUUUGUGGCUUCACCGCAAUCGAUGCAGGUUCGACCGUCUCUCUCCCGAUGCCUCUUUGGUGCUGCGGAUGGCGAAGUCGACUUUCCGAUUCGCGGUGAAACUUGAACAUCGCCACUGUCUGUUGACGAAGUUCGAAGAAGAAUGGUUGCUUCGUGGCUUGGUUGGCACCAUCGCUAGCGACAACACAGUAUCCUUUUCCAAGGAUUUUAUGUCUUGA